UCGUGGAGUCUCAUCAAUUCCGGAGUCCCACAAUCAAGCUCUCCGAGCCAUCCCGGCCAGAAAGCCAAAAAGCUACCGGUCUGUCCUUUGCAAAGUAUGACAGAAGCGGCGUCGCGGGAUCCCAACGUCCCGGACCUCCAGACCCCUUUCCUCCCCCGGGGGAAAGACGCCGACGGCGGAGACUAUCGCAAACAUGAAAAGCUAUGCAUAGAUGACAUGUUACAAAAAUACUGCGGGGAGUUUGGGUUCUGGCAAUUAAGACACUUCAUCCUGGCAAGCUUGGCAUGGGCUCUGGAAGCUUUUCACACCAUGGUCAUGAUCUUCGCCGACCGUGAACCGGGGUGGCGGUGCUUGGACGGCGCCGCCGGUUCAGGAUGUUAUCCUGAAGCUAAAAGUGUGUGCGAGCUCGAGCCGGGUUCGUGGGAAUGGAUCGGUGGGCCGGGGACCUCGACGGUGGCCGAGUUCGGGUUGGUUUGUGGACAGAAAUACAAGGUUGGAUUGGUUCAAGCAUUGUUUUUCGGAGGCUGCAUGAUUGGGGCUGGAGUAUUUGGCCAUCUAUCAGACUCCAGAUUAGGAAGAAAAGGCUCUCUAAUUGUUGUUUGCAUCUUAAAUGGCAUUUUCGGUUGCCUAACAGCACUCUCUCCUGGCUACCGGACUUAUGUGCUGUUGCGGGUUCUUACCGGCUUCAGCACUGGUGGCGCUGGCCUCUGCUCCUUCGUCCUUUCCACCGAACCCAUUGGCCCAACAAAGCGUGGCAUCGCCGGAAUGUCAACCUUCUAUUUCUUCUCGGGCGGCAUUGCCGUUCUCUCCGGUAUAGCCUACAUUUUCCAAUCGUGGAGAAAUCUCUAUAUAGCUUCAUCCAUACCUUCGGUUGUUUUCCUCGCGAUCCUGUGCCCUUUUGUCUCCGAAUCCCCUAGAUGGUGCCUCAUCAGAGGCAAGUUGAGCAAAGCCAUGAAAAUAAUGACCAACGUAGCUAAAUCAAACGGAAAGCACCUCCCUGAUGGAGUCAUCCUUGCCCUCGACGAUGAUGUCAACAACCAUGAAAGUAAGGUUCGGAGUGAUGCUAAAACUGAUUCGGGAUCGAAGGAAGCCGUAACAGGUUCUGUGGUAGACGUUGUUCGGUUCCCAGUCACAAGAGUCCGCUUAUUUCUGGCGGUGGCUAUUAAUUUUACGUGCUCUGUGGUCUACUACGGCCUGAGCCUAAAUGUAGUCAACCUGGGAACCAAUCUUUACCUUGGUGUUCUCCUAAAUGCGGUGGCAGAGCUGCCUGCUUAUUUCCUAACAGCAAUCCUGUUGGAUAGAUUCGGGCGAAAGCCGUUAGCCAUUGGCACACAAUGGUUCAGCGGCUUAUUUUGCGUGAUAGGGUGCCUGUUCAAGUGGUUUGGAACAUUGGAAGUGGUUCAAAUGAUUUGCGGGGUUUUGGGGAUAUUUGGGAUGGCUGGAACAUACAACUUGUUAUUUAUCUACACCGUUGAACUGUUCCCGACAGUGGUCAGAAAUGCAGCGCUUGGUUGUGCAACUCAGGCAGCGCAAAUGGGAGCUAUAUUGUCACCAUUUGUGGUGGUUUUGGGUGGGGGUUUGCCUUUCGCAGUGUUUGGUGCAUGUGGGAUUUUGGGAGGAGUGUUAGCAUAUGGGCUUCCAGAAACCUUAAACAAGCCAUUGUACGAUACGAUGACUGGAAUGGAAGAUGGAGAACGAGAAGGCACGGUUGUUUAAGGUACUAAAAAUUCGUGAAUGAGCAGUCAGGGAACUGAAAUUGUUCUCUCUCGAAGGAAUUAUUACAACAUGAUACUAUCAAGUAUUGCCAACCCUUUGUGUGUGUGUGUGUGUGUGUGUUUUUUUUUUUUUGGGUGUUAUUUCCCUCUGUUUUGAGGUGGAGAGCUAUUGAUGGCAUUGUUGAUUACAGGUUUUUGUUAGUGGGCCUAUAUGUAUCUCUGUCUUUUAACAGUCACUCAUUUGAAAAGACCAAAACAAUUGCUUUCAGCACAGUGCAUCUAGUCAGUGCACGGAACAAAAGAUUUACAAGCAAUUGGCUCUUGAGAUUGGUUAUUAGA